AUGGGAAAGCUUUGCAGAGCUUCGGUACUAUAUGGUCCCAAAGACUUGAGGCUUGAAGAAAGGGAACUCGAGUCUCCUGACUCUACAGAGCUACAAAUCGCCAUUCGAGCUACAGGCCUUUGCGGUUCCGAUCUACAUUACUACCAACAUUACCGGAAUGGAGACAUCCAAGUCACAGAACCUUUAUCUUUGGGACAUGAGUCUGCUGGAGUCGUUGUCGUCGUUGGAUCACACGUGGGCGAUUUCAAAGUGGGAGAUCGGGUAGCAUUGGAGGUCGGGCUACCUUGCGGAGAAUGCGAAAGAUGUCGAGAAGGGAGAUACAAUAUUUGCCAACAUUUGCGGUUCAGGAGCUCCGCCAAAGCAUCUCCUCAUUUCCAGGGAACCCUUCAAGACAGGAUCAAUCACCCAGCAUCAUGGUGUCACAAACUGCCCGACCACGUAUCAUACGAUGUGGGAGCCAUCCUCGAACCAUUGGGUGUAGCAAUACAGGCAUCCCGGCGAGCUCAAAUAGCGCAAGAGAGUUCAACUCUCGUGCUCGGUGCUGGAGCUGUCGGGCUACUGUGCGCGGCUAUGGCCAAGGUGGUUGGCUCAAGCCAUGUCGUGAUCGCAGAUAUUCAGCAAGAAAGGGUCAAAUUUGCUACUCAAAAUGGCUUUGCACAUGAAGGGUUCACUGUACCCUCCAAACGAGGUCAUAAUAUCGAUGAGAAGCUUCAAAUUGCGAAAGAGACUGCAGCUUCGGCAACCGAGAAAAUACGGAAUGGUACUGGUUCAACUGGUGGAUUCGAUGUGGUCCUCGAAUGUACAGGUGUCGAAGCUUGUACUCAGGCUGCCAUUUAUGCCACACGGCCCGCAGGAAAAGUCGUGAUCGUGGGCAUGGGCAAUCCUGUCCAGACACUGCCCAUUUCGGCCGCUGCACACCGUGAAGUCGACAUCCUUGGAACAUUUCGCUAUGCAAAUACAUAUCCCCAAGCAAUAGAGCUUGUGUCAGGCCACAAUCCACUGCUGCCAGACCUUGGAAAGCUCGUCACACAUCGUUUCCUUGGUCUUGAUGAUGUCGAGCGCGCCUUCGAAAUGGCAGCCAGAGCAAACGACGCAGACGGCAAUCUCGUUCUAAAAGUGGUAGUAGAAAGCAAUGAUGCCUAG